AUGUCUUUAAAGGAGUUAGGAAGUCACGACAGCUGUGAUAAAGACGUGCAAACUGUCAAUAGCGGUAAUCUAGAUAAAGAAUUUAAAGAGCUGGAAAAAAGUGAUUUCUUAUUACAUCAGAACUUGAAGGAUUACGAGGAUGACAAUUAUAACAACUAUUUUUGUCGAUGGGAUGGAUGCGGAACCAGAUUCAAAGAUCUUGAUAGUAUGGCACAGCAUAUUUGGAAGAACCACGUGUCUGGGGCCACUAGAGCACAUGCCUCAAGUGUUGGAUACGAGUGUCGAUGGGAGGACUGCCCCAGACAUGGGGCCCCGGUGCAUAGUCGACAUGCAUUAAUAACGCAUAUUAGGACGCAUACUGGAGAGGUACCUUAUUAUUGCAUAGUUCCUGAGUGUAGGAAGAUUUUCACAAGACCCGAGGCAAUUCCAAGACAUCUUCAUACAGUUCACGGGGUCAAAAAUACACAGACAAUUUGGCAGGCGAAGGACGAACUAAGAAAUUCCAUAGAAGGAAAAACGCUAUAUCUUUCCAGGGGAAAAGAUUUUAAAGUGAAUGCAACAAUUAAUACAGAUCAAAUUCUUGCGACAUUAAAGAAACGGCUACAAAGAGAGACCGAGAAUGGGGUUGAAGGGUAUGAACAGCUAAUUAAAGAAUACUGUCGAAGUAGUACUAAAGGUACCAUUGAAAAUUAUUUUGCUGGUCCAAUAGCAAACUUUUAUAAUAUUGACAACGUUAGCUUUAAUCCCGCGACAAAAGAUAACAUAUUUAAGGAAACCCAACUUGCAUUGUCUAAUUAUAAUUUGCGAAAAAGGGCUCUAGAGACAGGUGGUGCGACCAAAGCAAUGAAUAAAAAGGCAAAAGUAUGUGCGGACGAUAUCAUUGUAGAACAAAAUGAUGGCUUAGACAAGUCUAAGGAUUUAAAGGAAAGCUUAAAUGUCAUGGAGUCAUAUAGCAGGCAAUUAAAAGAACUAAAUGAUAUUCUGGAUGAUGAGCUAUAUCGUACUACCUGCUUAAAGAGAUAUUGGUGGUCAAAGAAGGAAGCCCUUUUGGAAGCCAUACUAAGACUAGAGGGGCUAAAAAAGGAAGAAACAAAUACUAGUGGUAAGCAAAAUCUCAACAAAGAAGAUGAUAAAAAGGAGAACCCCCGCCCGGUAGUCAAACAAGAAAAUUAA